AUGUUCAAGUUCCACGCUGAAGAAAAGUGCUCUAGGCCGAGGCUGUUCUUGGAAAGCCAUCCAGAUCUCAGCUGUCCAAUGUGCUCCGUGAACCUAACUCGCGAUUCUAUUCGCAGACUCACUGACGCGAUGAGCGUCCUGUUAGCUUGGAAUGCCGAAGGCGUGAACGAAUCUCAGACUAAUGAGCAGACGGACUCGCCUUCCGCCGGUGCCCCUGCCGAACCGAGUGCUGUCUGUUCGGAUGCUAUUUCGCGGACUCCUAUGCGUUAA